AUGUUCUACUACCCCAACGUUUUGCAACGCCAUACAGGAUGCUUUGCUACCAUUUGGUUGGCAGCAACUGGCGCAGCCAAACUGCUGAAGCGAGAAUACCUCAAAGUCAACGUCCCACAAACCUGCGAGGAGAUCAUGGCCUUCAUCCUUGUCCGGGUCCCCCCACCCGUGCCGGGCGCGCCACGGCCCCGAUUCUCCCUCUACCUCUCAGCUCAGCUGCAGUACGGGGUGAUCGUUGUGUACAGCCGCCAGUGCCAAUAUCUUGUCGACGAAAUCCAGCACAUCUUGGAACGGCUUAACCGGGCGCAGCAACAGAUCCGUAUUGACCUGGCUGAUCAGGAGCAGCCAGGGUUGCUACUCCCCGAUCAGCUGGCCCUGAUGGAAGAGCUGGAGGAAGCUCCCAACCCCUUUUUUGGAAUGAUGGAGCCUUUGCUGCCCAGUCCUCUUUCCAUUCCGCAUGUCCGCAGCAUCUUGGAAGCCCCUACCCCUGAAAGAAGCCCACUGGAACGAUCCCCUCCAUCUCCCAAGCGUCGGAGGCCAGGAGAGCCGCUCCUGACUGUCUCCCCCGAAGCCAUUACCCUCAAGGAGGCUGAACCUAUCAAGCUGCUGCUGAUUGAGGACGAGCAAGACCUGCCCGAGAUCUCGGCACAGGAGAUCGACAUGCUGGUUGAGCAGGAGGGCUUCCUGGUGCCCGGCGAAGAGAGACCCCGGGUUUCUCCCCGAAAAAGACGUGCAGCAGAAGGUGAGGGGAGAGAAAGAGGGGUCAGAGGGGAGCCUUUCGUGUCCUUGCGGGCGUCGCCUCCCACACGGAUUGGAGAGGAGCUGUCAGCUGCAAGGGAGACUGGACCCCUGUUGAGGGAGGAGGAGACCCGACUCCUGGCGGAAGUCCCCCCGCCACCCUUGGAGAUGACGCCUGUUUCGGAGGGACCCCGAUUGCUGCCUUUGCUCCCCAUAAGUCCCAGGCUAGAGCGACGCUCCCCACUGAGUCCCGAGCUCCGCCUCCCGGAAUAUGAGCCGUCGCCAUCCCGUCCCACCAAGCGGAGGAGGCAGCUGCGCUUCUUGGACCCUGUGACACAGAUUUCCCGGGAGGAUUUCCAGAAACAGAUCUUGGACCCACGGAUCCAGUGCCAGCCCCUGGAGGCGGUUCUGCUGCCGCCCAAGAGACUGAAGACACCAGCGGAACUUCUGGGAGCAGCGACGUACGGAUGGAUGCAUCCCACCCUCCACGACCUCUGGGCCCACUGUGCUAACCUCCAGCGCGUGGAUUACACCAGGAAGAGAGUGUUGGAGGAGAAGGAGGCCCGGAGAGGGGAGGAAGACGGGCAGAGGGCCAAGGACACCAGCGAGUUGGAGGAAUUGCGAGCAGCAGAAGAACCAAGCGUACCACCCAUGGGCUCAUCAGAAAUUUCUCUUGAGACGACCAAAGAGGAACUUCACCCGAGCUUGGGGGUAGCGGAGGAGAGGUGA